CAAACACACUCUAUAAGUUAAGCGCUUGGAACUGAAAGUGUUGCGUCGAUCCAGCUCCGGUAGUAAUCUGGAACCAUCCCAAUUCCAGUCCUGAAAUGGGUCUCGGAACUGGAAUGGGAAAGCGGAUUCUCUCUGCUUUGCUUCUCGCAGCUCUAUUGUGCAACGGCGCUCACGCAUCGUUCAGCAGGCACAGCUUCCCCAAGGACUUCGUCUUCGGCACCGGCUCCGCGUCGUACCAGUACGAGGGCGCCUACAAGGAAGGAGGCAAAGGCCCUAGCGUAUGGGACACCUUCAGCCACAUUCCAGGUAAAAUUUUGAACAACGAUACUGGCGAUGUAGCAGAUGACUUUUAUCAUCGGUACAAGGAGGAUGUGAAGCUCUUGAAGGACAUGAACCUGGAUGCCUUCCGGUUCUCCAUUGCCUGGACCAGGAUCCUGCCAACUGGGUCCCUGAGCGGAGGAAUCAACAAGGAAGGGGUCGCUUUUUACAACAACUUGAUCAAUGAGGUCAUAGCAAAUGGGCUGAAACCAUUCGUCACAAUAUUCCACUGGGACACGCCCCAGGCCCUGGAGAGCAAGUAUGGAGGCUUCCUCAGUGAAAACAUCAUUAAGGACUACGCGGACUUCGCCGAGGUGUGCUUCCGGGAGUUCGGCGACCGUGUCAAGUUCUGGACCACGUUCAACGAGCCAUGGACGUACGCGUCGCUGGGGUACGGCACGGGCGCCCACGCCCCGGGUCGGUGCUCGCCGCACGUCUCCAAGUCCUGCACCCCCGGCGACUCCGGCCGCGAGCCUUACAUCGUCACGCACCACAUCCUCCUCGCCCACGCCGAGGCCGUGCGGCUGUACCGCGCCAAGUACCAGCAUGCGCAGCGGGGGCAGAUCGGCAUCACGGCGGUGUCGCACUGGUUCGUGCCCAACAGCGACACGCUCGCCGACAGGCGCGCCGUGCAGCGCAGCCUGGACUUCAUGUUCGGCUGGUUCCUAGACCCCAUCGUGCACGGCGACUACCCGGGCACCAUGAGGGCGUGGCUCGGCGCGCGGCUGCCGAGGUUCACGCCCGAGCAGGUGAAGAUGUUGAAGGGCUCCUACGACUUCAUCGGCGUCAACUACUACACCUCCUAUUUCACCACCGACAUCCCGCCGCCGAACGCGCUCGAGCAGUCCUACAACGGCGACAUCCGCGCCAACACGUCCGGGUUCCGCAACGGCGUGCCCAUCGGCCCGACGGAGUUCGUGCCCAUCUUCUUCAACACUCCGGCGGGGCUCCGCGAGCUCCUGCUCUACACCAACCGGCGGUACAACAACCCGGUCAUCUACGUCACAGAGAACGGCAUCGCCGAGGCGAACAACAAGAGCAUCCCGAUCAAGGAGGCGCUCAAGGACGGGCACAGGAUCGAGUUCCACUCCAAGCACCUGCAGUUCGUGAAGCACGCCAUCAGGAACGGCGUGAACGUGAAGGGCUACUUCACGUGGACGUUCAUGGACUGCUUCGAGUGGGGGGACGGCUACCUGGACCGCUUCGGCCUCAUCUACAUCGACCGCCUCAACGGCCUCAAGCGCUACCGCAAGCAGUCCACCUACUGGAUCGAGAGCUUCCUCAAGCGAUAGAUGCAUCGUCGACCCAUCGCGCGCUCGAUUAUAUCGCCGGUUUUAAUUAGCUGGUGCUACGUCGUUGCCACGAGAUGGGCGCGCGCACAUAAAGAUAUAUCUAUCUUCUGCGUGUGUUUGAUCGAUCUGCCGAGGGAGCGGACGAUAUUUGUUUCCAGAGUGAUCGGUGUAUGCCAAGUAUAAUUUGCUCGUCAUUGCAUUGCUGUGGUUGUGUGGUUAGCGGAAGGGAAAUAAAGCUCACAGCCGAGCUGUUUCCCGGUUCAAAAUGUAAUUCGGUUGAAUUUAUCUUAAUAAGCAAAAUAAAGCUACUUGUUUGUGAUCA